AUGCGAUUUUCACUACGGAGAUCCCGUGAUUUGGCAAUCUUGGAGUACACUCAGUAUACGUAUAGGUGGAAUCAAGGUAUUCAUAUGCGCUCUUUGCUUGAGUUCUUGGAGCUUAAGAGCCUGGGCUCCAUGGGUACGGCCGCAGCAGCACAAGCCCCAUCGGCCAUCCCAGAAAUCGAGAACCAAAAAACAAUUAACGUCUUUUAUGCAAUUUUCAUGGGGAGUGAGACUCUCGCUUAA